CCGGGCCACCUUAAGGCCGCGCUCGCCAGCCUCGGCGGGGCGGCUCCCGGCGCCGCAGCCAAUGGAUCUCCUCCUCUGUUUAAAUAGACUUGCGGGCGGUGUCAAUCAUUUUCUUCUUCGUCAGCCUCCCUUCCACCGCCAUAUUGGGCCACUAAGAAAAAAAGGGGCUCUCGUCUUUUUUCGGGGUGUGUUCUUCUCCCUUUUCCCCCUCUUGCUCAUCCCGCCGCGACUCCGACGCCGGCCAGGCUUGGAGAGCCGCUCGGUGCGCGGGAGCCGCGCGCGGGCUCGCCAGCAGCCGGCCUGCCCUCGGACGGGCUCCGCGCCCCCGCCUCUCGCCUCGCCUCUCCCCUCCCCUCCCCGCCCUCCCGCUCGCCCGCGGACACUUGAUCGGCGGCGGAGACUCGGGGCUGCCGGGCCGGGGCUUCCCCUCACCCCUCCCUCCCUCCGCCCAGCGCGCUCCUGACGUCCGCCAGUUACUCGCUGGGGUUUGUUGCUCUUGGCUCCCGGGGCCGGCGCGCAGGGCUUUAUAAGAGCAGUCCGGGCUGGGUCGGGGCGUUUUUGUUUUUGUUCGUUUUUUUUUUGUUUUGUUUUCCGAGAUAGAGAGAGAGGAGAGAGAGAGAGAGGAGAGAGAGAAAGGGAGAAAGGAGAGCGCGCUCAAGAGAGAGGCGGUCGGCCGUCCGGACCCGGGAGGAGGAAGAUGUCCACCGUGCGAGUGUCUAACGGGAGCCCGAGCCUGGAGCGGAUGGACGCGCGGCAGGCCGAGUACCCCAAGCCCUCCGCCUGCAGGAACCUCUUCGGCCCCGUGGACCACGAAGAGCUGACCCGGGACCUGGAGAAGCACUGCCGGGACAUAGAGGAGGCCAGCCAGCGCAAGUGGAAUUUCGACUUCAAGAACCACAAGCCCCUGGAGGGCAGGUACGAGUGGCAGGAGGUGGACAAGGGCAGCUUGCCCGAGUUCUACUACCGAGCCCCGCGGCCCCCCAAGGGCGCCGGGAAGGUGCCCGCGCAGGAGGGCCAGGACGGCAGCGGGAGCCGCCCCGCGGCAGCGGCGGCGGCGGCGGCGGCGGCGGCGGCGGCGGCGGCGGCAGCGGCGGCAGCGGCGGGGCCGCCCGUCGGGCCGCAGGCCAACAACGCCGAGGACAUGCACUUGGCGGAGCCCAAGGCGGAGGCGCCCGACGGCCAGCCGGGCUUAGCGGAGCCGUGCGCCGGGAUGAGGAAGCGACCUGCCGCAGACGAUGCCUCUACUCAAAACAAAAGAACCAACAGAACAGAGGAAAACGUUUCAGACGGUUCCCCGAACUCGGGCUCCGUGGAGCAGACGCCCAAGAAGCCGGGCCUCAGAAAACGUCAAACGUAAAUGGCUCUCGGAAUUGAGAGGAUGUUUCCUUGUUUAUCAGACACUUCACUGCUUGGCGAAGCAAGGAAGAUAUGAAUUUAAACAUUUUAAAUACAUAUCGCUGACUCCAUGGAAUGGACGUCCUGUAUAAGCACUGAAAAGAAACAACACAAUAACACUAAAAUUUUAGGCCCUCUUAAAAGUGAUCUGCCUCUAAAAGCAUUGGAUGUAGCAUCAUGCAAUUAGGUUUUUCCUUAUUUGCUUCAUUGUACUACCUGUGUAUAUAGUUUUUAGCUUUUAUGUAGCAUAUAAACUUUGGGGGAAGGGAGGGUUGGGUGGGAAGGGUGAGGCUGAGGAAUUGGCUUUGGGAGGCAUGAAGAGCUUGCUUUCGAUUUAGAGCAAGGAGAAAAUUAUUUGACUUUAACAUGAAAAGAAGCAGUUUAAGGAAGGGGUUUGAAUUGUUUUUCUUUAAAGAUGUAAUGUCCCUUUCAGUGAAAACUGAUACUUCGUUUUAAAAAUCAUUCAAAUUUGAACACUGGCUGCAAAAAUUGCUAUUUAUUUUUUACAUGAAGCUAUUUUUUCAUUUGGGAGCUCUAAUGAUUCCGUUAUGUAGCAGUAAAUGGCUUUUUUUUUUUUUUUUUAAAACAACAAAAAACUGUCCUCAGUGCCCCCCUUAAAAUUGGAAUUUACCAGUUAAUUAUUUAGCAGUUUAGGUAAUCACUCCAGGUAAUUAUAGGCAAAAAUAAAUAAAUAAAUAAAUAAAUAAAUAAAUAAAUGGAGGAGGGGAGUCUGAAUGCUCAGAAUCAACCAUCUAAUUUUUAUCAGAAUUGUUGAGAAAAUUUCUGAAUUUUCUUUUUCACUUUGGGCUAAAUAAUUCUAAAUCCUUGGAUAUUUUAAAAAAUAUCUAAGUAAUUCCACAUGAAAAAUAAUGAAAUAAUUUUAAAUGUAAAGUUUCUUAUUCUAUUUGCUAAUUUGCCCAAAGGAAAUUAGUGUUUUAAGAGGUAAGUGUGUAUACAAAAAGCCCAGUCUGAUAGAAGUGAAAUGGAUACUACAUCUUUAAGCAGUAUUUUUCAUUUCCUGUGUAUGUAUAUGAAA